GGGUUUAAGAUGCCUAAAACCCAAAUUGUUCACAAAUGCGCGACGUUCGGCUAUUAUCACCAUAAAUACAACAUCGCAAUCAUUCACCGGAAUCUGAUUUGAUUGAAAAUGGAGGGAUUGCAGAAGGCAUAUCGUAGUGCAAUGUCACAGGCACAGGAAUCAAAAGCAAAACUCAGCUCCUUCGCCUCUUCUCUAGAGAAGACAUCCUUAAACUCGAAUUCCUCUUCUGGGUCUUCUAUAGAUUUAUCUGCGGACAAGUCUCAGCUUUUGCUCACCCGAUCCUCCAGACAAUCUGUAUCACUGUGGACCUGCUCAAAGCUUUGUACUAUUUGCUUUAUUGCUGGAGUAUUGGUUGGUUACACGCUUAAACGACGCGUUCGUCUCUGGGCCUCAAAACUUCUCAAGAGAUUGCAUAAUGAUUAGGUUGUAAGUUGAGAUGCUUGAAAUUUGAAAAGAAGCCUGUUUGAAGAUCAAUGAUGGAGAAAGUUUCAACCCCGUGGACACUGUCUCUUGGAUUUAUUGUAGUUCUUAUCAAUGACUGGUUGUUAAAACUGUAUACACUCGUGGACAGUUAUAUUGCUUUUCAUAAUACUUCUAUUUUGCUUUAAUAUUUUGUUACAUGUUUUACCCAAUUUAUCAGAAAAGCAAAAAUUAUAUGUAUACAAAACACUUUUGUAUACACAUGUUUGAUUUUGAUA